UAAAGAAUUUAAAACCCGCGAUCUGAGCGACCCCAAUUUAGUAAAAAUUUUGGUGGUUUAAAACAAUCGAAAUAAAUUUUUCAUUGUAAACUGACCUGUGCAUUUACGUUGAUUUACGUUUGUGGUUAUGAUUUGUUAUAAAUACAUAUUUUAUAAAUAAUUAUUGUAUUCAUUGUCUACUGCCUGGUUCAAAAACGUCGGAAAAUAUAAACAAGCAAGCAAGUGAAGCCUAGAUUAUUCAUCACAAUAUUUUCUAGCUGACUGAUUAUGUUCUAAGAAUAAUAAAAUAAUUAUUGUACAACACAAUGUUGGGUAUAAUUGUGUCCGGUCGUCUGGUCCAAACAGAUUUCCAGCAAAUAAGUGAGAAUCAAUUUUUGAUAAAUGUACCAGAUGCGGACAAUGUCAAUCAUAUUGUUAUUUUUCUCACGGGUACAGUCCCUCUUCCUGAAGGAAUGGGUGGCGCAGUGUACUUCAGUUGGCCAGAUCCAAACGCGCCCCCGAACUGGCAAUUUUUAGGUUACAUUUCCAAUACUAAACCAUCAGCGAUAUUCCGUAUAUCUGAUUUGAAAAAGAAUCACGAGUUUGAAAACAGCAAUGUAGGAAUAUUCGGUGCUAAAAUAUCACACUCUGCACAAAUAGGAAUAUCUGUCGAGCCGCUGUCUGUCAUUGAACCCCAAGCCGCGCUGGUCGCAUCCACUACCACUGAAACACACGUUAAAUUUGCCCAGAAGAUGAUAAUAAACUUCUUGAACUACGUGUCGAGUUUCUCAGUGACUCAGUCCCAGAUGGUUCCCAACCCGACUGAAAAUUUCGUACCUCUUUCAUCGGUGCAGGGCUGGUACGAGACAUUUGAGCGGCGGCUCCAACAAAAUCCAAACUUUUGGAAACAAUUGUGAUGGUUGGACACUGAAAUCAAUCAACAUUCAUACCAUUUAGCACGAUUUUGUAUUCUUAUACUUUUAAAUACCAUCAAUCUUAAUUAAUAACUAUACUAAUAAUAUAUACUAUCACUUUUUUUUAAUCCUAGGUUUAAAUGACUUGAAAUUAUAAUUCAAUAAACGAAAUCACAUUCUUCUACUUA